AUGGGCCCUUCAACUGAGGCGGCGGGUCAAAAGCGCAAGGUGACUUUUGACAGACCUGGACAAUCUUCUAGCGCACGCAAACGACAGAAGGUGCAAGAGGCUCGCAAUGUUUCUGUCCAGUCAGCUGCGGCGGCGCUCUCGUCCAACGGCGAACUCAAUGUCGCCUCAUUCAUCAAGGCCCGGGAGUUUGAAAUUGGUGCACUGGAGAGGAGCAUGCAGAGGGCGAGGACGGCCUUGACGGUCAGAGCCUUCCAACAAGUUCCGAGUCACAUGCGAAGGAGGUCUGCCAGUCACAAUGCCAAAAAGGUGCCCCGGCGGCUGCGACGUAGGGCAGAGCACGAGAUGAGAGUCGACAACACUCCCAAACGGACGCGUACACCCUCCCGGAAACUGAGACUACGCCUCGAGACCGCAAAGGCGGUCCGUAAGAUGAAUCAAAAGACCCAAACAGUGCGUCGGAGGAAAAGGGAAGCCAAGCUGAACGCAAAGCAGACGGACCCUGAAAACCACGUCUCCACGGCACGUGUGCCGCGCUUGAAGAAGAAUACACUGGCCGAGCCCCCGAAAGCUACGACGAAAUAUAAAAAGAGACAGGUCAACAAGACAUGGCUACCCACCCAUCUAUGGCACACGAAACGGGCACAUAUGACCGGUCCCACGGAACCGUUGUGGAGGCUGGCGAUCCCGUGGAGGCCUACCGAGAAGAGCUACAGACCGAGUCACCGCGCCGCAGGAAGUCGCGGUUGCAUAGCCUGGGACACUAGCUACAUGUCCACGGUGGCAUGUUGGGGAACCGAGCACGCGCUGGAUAGCCUGCUGAACUCUCUGGGUUUCCGUCCCAACGGCCUCACCCCCACCCUGCAGAGAAAAUGGAAGUCAGGGACCAGGUUUGCAGAGGGCUUUGUCUGUGAGCGAGACGGCGAGAACAGGCCGAUUGCUCCGGCCACAGUCCUAUGGUGUAUUCAGCCUCAGGGGAAAGGGACGAUGGCUGAGCCCUCCAAGUUUGCUGAAGAAAUGGAGGUUGAUACGAAUGAUCAGGCCCAAGCUCCAACGCCUCGGAUCAAAAAUGAGGGCAAGGCAAGACUCGAGCACCGACUCUUGAUCCGGAUUCAUCCCUCGGCCUUCCACCAGUUCUGGCAGGAGCUGUUGAAGGUCGCGAAAAUGCAGAAACCACAAGUACUGGUGGAAGAUCUUCGCUUCGAGAUCGGGAGCCUGGAGAUCCAAGGCCCUGGAUCGACCGAGUCGUUACUGGGCGUACUGCGGCCUUUCCACAGAGUUGGCGAGGCGGAAGAUACCAUGGCAACUCUGUGGACCUCUCUGGCGGGGCUCAACAAUCCUGGAACACUACCGCAGAAUGCCAUACUGUCUUUUGAUAUGGUCGAUCCUCGACUCAGUUAUCCGCCCAAGCGGAUCACGCUGCCGAGAGAUACCGACGCAACUCAGUUGAACGAGAUCUUGGUUUCCUGGCCGCCCGACAAGGAGCUGUCUUGCUCCAAAUUGACGUCACACAGAGAACGUUGGACAGUGAGCAAGUCGUUACCGUCACAGAAAGCUAUCAAUCGUCGCAGGGCACUUGCUCCGCCCGGUCACGCACCAGCACCAUCAGCAAAAGAUCCACCUAUACCCGUGAUUCUUCUAGCUUCGAGAAUUGAAGACGUGUCGGCGACCAAAUGCGGUAGCCUCCAAGGAUCGUGGACUGUCCUUCUACCUUGGUCUUGUGUGGAUCCGGUUUGGCGUUCGUUGAUGUACUACCCCCUUUCAGCAGGAGGGACGCCGCGGUUUGGAGGACUCCACGAGAAACAACAAAUGGCAUUUGAGCAAAAAGUCCCUUGGUUCCCCGGGGACGUACCCGGAACUGAUGCAGGGAAAGCAUGGGAGCGUACCCAGAGUGAGAAGAGGUUUGACCAAUGGAUGCGCAGACCUCCCAAAUAUAGGACUGCGUGGGAGAAGCUUGACCUAGGUCUAGAUAGGUCCGGUGAGGUCGGUAGAGGCUGGGCCUGUGACUGGGAAUAUCUGUUCGAGAGCAAGAGAGACGUCGCGGCAAGAGAAAGCGGACCCACUGCCACGACUACCACCCAGUUGCCUGCGGCGAAAACAGCAAAGCCAUUGCUUACCCAGCGACAACGCAAAGCAGUCCAAUCUCGAGCCCAAGCUGAGAUCGAAGCCGGCGCGGAAGAGGCAACUCGUCGACGCAACACCUCCAGCCCGGAAAGCGAAGAUGAAACCGGACCUCCGGCCCUCCCUGCUGAAGUCCACUACACCCAGCUUUCGCCCUCAGUUGCUCGGUUGCUCCUCAAGAAUCCAUCAGCUGCCCUGUUCCCGUCUACUCCAGCCCUGAUUACCAUCCGCAUUACGCUGCUGGAUAAGGGAAGCCCGAAUCCCGCAGCUCGGAUAUACCGACUUCCCUCGACUCGUACAUCCAUAGCAGCCACUGGAACCGAACCUCCAGCGAGCAAAACAAAUGCCGAACCCACACCACAAACGCAUCCGCAAGCUUGGUCCUCCGCGCCACCGGCGGCCCAGCAACCCCCUGCAACCAGCACGACCGAAUCGUCGCUGUCGAGCACAUCUGCUCUCGGCCUGCGGGAGCGCUGGCUUGCAUUGGACCCUUCCUACGACCAAGACUGUCCACCCAAUGGCAACGCCCGCACCCGUCUGAAAAAGCAAAAGACCAACCGGUUCGGCGUACCAAGUCAACAGCACGCGUACCCGCGCGAAUCGCUCGCAAAGAUCAACGUGCUUCCUAAGAACGCGCCUCCCGAAAUCGUCGCCAAGUUCGGACCCGACAGCGCCUUUGGGCGCGGUGAUGGAGAAAUCCCCAAGGAGAGACCACCACCAGCCCGUAACCAGAAAGCUCAAAGGACGGCGAAAGGGAAAGGCAGGGACAAAGCCGGCCUAGGCAAGCCCCCUGGUGAUGCCAACCCCGACGCGAGCAAGGGCAAUCCCUACCUCGACCCGGCCGACACCGACGCGCCGAACCUCGCCGCCGAACUUGCUGGUCUCAUGGUUCCAGGUCCCAUGGGGCCGCAGACCGAGUGGACAAGACAUCCUCCGUGCCCGGACGUCGACGACCUGAUUGGAUUCGUCACGUCGGGCGGCUACAAUCUGUCCGAGGGACGAGGCACCGCUGUCGGCGCUAUAUGGGCGCAGAGGCUGGUCGAGGGCUGGACGGCCGACGGCAAGGGUGCCGAAGGCGAUGCACGCUCGAGGACCCUCGCCCCAGACAAAGCCAAGCAGCAGAACCAGAGACAGCGGAGGCUUUGUAUAGUUCGUAACGCCGGUGAGAGCAUCGGCCGCCUCGGGAUAUGGGAGUGCUGCGGUUGA